UGUUGUCAGCUCUUUUGUGCUAGUAGCUUUUACUCCUAUAUUUUAUGUUUUCUUGAUACUACUAAGUGACAUUUCAAGAAUUCCGUACUUUGUGUUCACGUUUACCCCUACAACAACAACAACAAAGGACUUUGUAUUUUAAUCUUCCGGAGAUGCCAACGCCAGUUAGUAGUGCCAAGCAAUGCUUGACACAAGAAGCAGCCGUAACCCUCGACGAUGCUGUGGCCGUAGCAGCUCGUCGCGGCCACACUCAAACUACAUCUCUUCAUUUCAUAUCUUCCUUAUUAUCUCUUCCUUCUUCAUGUUUACGUGAGGCGUGUUCGCGUACACGUAACCAUGCGUACUCUGUACGCGUCCAAUUCAAAGCUCUAGAACUCUGUUUAGGGGUGUCAAUGGACCGGUUACCUUCGUCGCCUAACAAGAUCGACGAUCCACCUGUUUCGAAUUCUCUCAUGGCUGCCAUAAAGCGGUCUCAAGCGAACCAAAGACGACAGCCGGAGAAUUUCAAUUUCUAUCAGCAACUGCAACUGCAACAGCAGAAUCAGUCAGCUUCUUGUUCUUCAGUUCCAGUAGUUAAAGUUGAGCUGCGGAAUCUCAUCAUUUCUGUACUUGAUGAUCCUGUUGUGAGCAGAGUAUUUGGUGAAGCUGGUUUUAGGAGUUGUGAUAUUAAGCUUGCUAUUCUUAGGCCUGUUCAUCAACUCUUCAGAUAUUCAAGAUUCAGAACACCACCCUUGUUUAUGUGUAAUUUAAGCAGUCAAACGGAUUCGUAUAACCGUAAUUUUAGCUUCCCUUUCUUGAGUUUUAGUGGGGGAGAAGAUGAUUGCAGGAGAAUUGGGGAGGUUUUUAUCAAGAAUAGAGGAAACAAUCCACUGCUUCUUGGUACUUUUGCACAUGGUUCUAUGAACAGUUUCUUGGAAAUGGUAGAGAUGAAAAAAGGAGGAGGAAUUCUUCCCCUAGAGGUAUGUGGAUUGAGUGUGAUUUCUAUUGAGAAUGAGAUAUUGAGGUUUGUUACAGGUGAAUGUAAUGAGGAAUUAGUGAAGUUGAAGUUUGAGGAAAUUGGAACUAUAGUGAUGCAUAGUAUAGGGUCUGGUCUCGUAGUAAAUUAUGGAGAUUUAAAAGUUUUAGCAAGAGAUGAUACUUCUAUUGAUUCUUGCAGGUAUAUAGUUAGCAAAUUGAUAAGUUUAUUAGAGAUUUAUCAUGGCAAGUUAUGGUUGAUUGGGUGGGUGGAGAGGUAUGAGAUAUAUUUGAAAGUUUUGAAUAGAUUUCCUUACAUAGAGAAAGAUUGGGACUUGCAAAUUUUGGCAAUCACUUCUUCAGGGCCUCCAAAGGAAGAAUCAUUUCCCAGAUCCAGCUUGAUGGAAUCUUUUGUGCCGUUUGGAGGAUUCUUUUCAGCAGCAGCUGCUGAUCAUGAUAUUAAAAGCCCGUUAAUUAGCUGCUCAUACCAGAGUGCAUCCCGCUGUCACCUCUGCAAUGAGAAAUGCAAACAAGAGAUAAACACACUCUCAAAGAAUGGAUUUAGCAGUGUUUCAGUUGCAGAUCACUGCCAAUCAAGUCUGCCUUCUUGGUUGCAAAUGACUGAUCAACUCCACUCUAUGAAGGCCAAAGAUGAUAAAAUGGUAUUUGGUGCUAAAGUUGCUGGUUUGCAGAGAAAAUGGGACAAUCUCUGUCAGCGUUUACAUUACAAUCAACCAUUACCCAAGACUAGCAGUUUUCCGUUGGGUUCUCAAGUUCCAUCUGUUGUAGGCUUUCAAGUUGUUGAUCAAGACCAAAAAGAAGGCAUCAACGACCACAAAAGCGGCCACACAAAUGCAUCUUCAGCAGAAACUGGCAGGAAGAAUAUGAAUUCCAGCAUGUUAACAAUGUCUUCAUCAAAUGAAAGCAGUCCUUUAGGUAUGAUAUCAGAGACCGGCAAUGAUAAAUUUCUCUCCAAGUUUAGUGAAACGCCUUCAAAAAGUGUCGUUGAGGGUGGCCUCAACUCUCCAGCCUCUGUAACUUCAGUGACAACAGAUUUAGGUUUGUGUGUGGCCUCUACUUCUCCAGGCAAAGAACAAGAGCAGCUGACAAUUCCGAGUAGCAUCAAUCAAGCACAUCAUAUAUCAUCCGAUGUAUCUGCAAGUGCUGAGGUGGUCUCGGGGAGUUUCUUUAACCAGUCCCCACUAUCGCCAUCUUCUAAUUCUCUUCAGUGUCUCCACAAGCAAUUGGAUCCAAAAGAUUUCAAGAUGCUAUACGCAGCUCUUAUGGAAAAGGUCGAAUGGCAAGAGGAAGCUGUAAAUGCUAUUAGCCAAACAAUAGCUCGGUGCAGAAGUAGAAACGAAAGAAGCCAUUGCAUACAUCGUGGGGACAUAUGGCUCAAUUUCCUUGGACCUGAUAAGAUUGGUAAGAAGAAAGUUGUGAUUGCAUUGGCGGAGAUUCUAUAUGGAAGCACAAACAACCUAAUCUCUGUGGAUCUAAGUCUCCAGGACGAAGUCGGGUUGUUUGAUCUCCAGGUAUUGAACAGAUAUGAUGUGAAAUUCAGAGGGAAGCAUGUUGUUGAUUAUGUUUCUGAUAAAUUGAGGAACAACCCCUUAUCUGUUGUUCUCCUUGAAAAUGUCGAUAAAGCUGACUUACUCGUUCAGAAAAGCUUGUCCCAGGCUGUUAAGACGGGUCGAUUUUCUGAUUCUCAUGGUAGACAAGUUAGCAUAGCUAAUGCAAUCUUUGUGACAACAUCAUCAAGAUUAGAUGAAGAAACAACUCUUCAUUCUACCAAAGAGACAUCUCAUGACUAUAGUGAGGAAGAUAUAUUGGCAGCUAAAGGAUUGCAAAUCCAGAUGCUAAUAGCAUUUGAUCUUGCAGAUGAUGUCAAAAGUCCCAACUCAAGUACAUUAGUAACAACUAGAAAGCUUACUGUGAAUAAAAGAAAGCUUGCUGGUUCAAGCGAACGUGUAGAUCAGCAAUGUGGAAGCUCGGAGAUAGCCAAACGAGCACACAAGGCGUCAAAUACAUGCCUAGAUUUGAAUCUUCCAGCUGAAGAGAGUGAAAAUUAUGACACAUUUAAUGGAGAUUCAGGAUGCGACUCAUGGUUGAAAGAAUUAUUUGCACAAUUUGAUGAGACGGUGAUUUUCAGGCCAUUUGAUUUCGACUCACUGGCUGAGAAGCUGUUGAAAGAGAUCAGACUAUGGUUCCACAGAAUUGUAAGUCCAGAAUGUUUGCUAGAGAUGGACACGAAAGUAUUGAAACAAAUUCUGGCAGCAGCAUGUUUAACAGAUAGCAAGAAAGUAGAAGAUUGGAUUCAACAUGUUCUUAGCAAGGGAUUUAUGGAAGCUCAAGAAAGGUAUAGCCUAAGUGCUCGUUCUGUAGUGAAACUUGUGACUUGCGAGAGUAGUUUCCAAGAAGUGCAUAUACCACCAGUUCUCCUUCCUAGUAGAAUCAUAGUGAAUUAAAAGAUAGUAUAAGUUUGCCUAUUUAUAUGUAAUAUAUACUAUAUAGUUUUAUAAACAUUUUAGCACCUAGCUAGUUAGUUAUGCUUGUGUUGCCCGAUCUGUCCCAUGUUUUAUUGGGUUUUGCGGGUCACGCGCGUUUGUAUAGUUUUAAUAAGGGCAUAAAAAUUGUAGAUUUCACCUAAGGUAUCUGCAAGCCCUGAAUUAUUUAUGUGUUAUGAGUUUAUCAAUACUGCUCCCGAUUGUAUUAUAUUUAUUCUGUCUUUUGAACUUUU